AUGACCCUGAGAGCUCUUGCCGCUUCCAAACCACCUUUAGCACAAAGGUCGACUCAUCCUCCUUCAGUGCCACUGACAUCGACAGUAUAUAGCACCACCUCUGUGAUGCCAUAUACACCUCAGCCCUUACAUCCAUUCAGAAAGAAGGAUCGUCGAAAUGCGGACUGGUACGAAGCUCACUGGGGUGAGAUGCAGCCGGCCUCUGAAGCCAAGAGACAAGCACUUCUGGCCUACAAGCAUAACUCUUGCGUCAGUACCCGUGAUGACCUCAGACCUGCUUGCAGCAAGGCCCAACAGACUGCAUGCCACUGCGCCAAUGACUACUGGCUAAACCUGUGCAUUCAGACGGCUGCCAACAGUGGAGACGCAAGAGGCAUGUAUGCCAGCAUCAAAGCCACCAUCGGCCCCACUCCCAUCAAAACGGCUCCACUGAAGUCCAAGGCAGGAGAGGUCAUUACAGACUGGGGCAAGCAGCUGGAGUGCUGGGUGGAGCACUACCUAGAACUGUAUGCAAUCCAGAACGUGGUGAUGGAUGCCACCCUGGGUGCCUUGCCCAGUCUCCCAGUCAUGGAGGAGUUGGAUGCCCUGCCCUCUGCAGAGGAACUCAGAAAAACCAUCGACUCUCUCCUGCAGGAGAGCCCCUGGGAGGGAUGGGAUCCCAUCAGAGGUUCUGAAGAGUGGCAAGCCGGCUCUGCUGCAGCAUCUACAUGA